AUGGAGCAGGAAGAGCCAUGGGGGACAAAGUGGGACUCGCAGCUAAACGUCGGCCUCACAGUCAGAGGGUCUGUGGUCUCAGCCUCACAGUCAGAGGGUCUGUGGUCUCAGCGUCAGCCUCACAGUCAGAGGGUCUGUGGUCUCAGCCUCACAGUCAGAGGGUCUGUGGUCUCAGCGUCGGCCUCACAGUCAGAGGGUCUGUGGUCUCAGCCUCACAGUCAGAGGGUCUGUGGUCUCAGCGUCAGCCUCACAGUCAGAGGGUCUGUGGUCUCAGCGUCAGCCUCACAGUCAGAGGGUCUGUGGUCUCAGCCUCACAGUCAGAGGGUCUGUGGUCUCAGCGUCAGCCUCACAGUCAGAGGGUCUGUGGUCUCAGCGUCAGCCUCACAGUCAGAGGGUCUGUGGUCUCAGCCUCACAGUCAGAGGGUCUGUGGUCUCAGCCUCACAGUCAGAGGGUCUGUGGUCUCAGCGUCGGCCUCACAGUCAGAGGGUCUGUGGUCUCAGCCUCACAGUCAGAGGGUCUGUGGUCUCAGCGUCGGCCUCACAGUCAGAGGGUCUGUGGUCUCAGCCUCACAGUCAGAGGGUCUGUGGUCUCAGCGUCAGCCUCACAGUCAGAGGGUCUGUGGUCUCAGCGUCAGCCUCACAGUCAGAGGGUCUGUGGUCUCAGCCUCACAGUCAGAGGGUCUGUGGUCUCAGCCUCACAGUCAGAGGGUCUGUGGUCUCAGCGUCGGCCUCACAGUCAGAGGGUCUGUGGUCUCAGCCUCACAGUCAGAGGGUCUGUGGUCUCAGCGUCUGCCUCACAGUCAGAGGGUCUGUGGUCUCAGCCUCACAGUCAGAGGGUCUGUGGUCUCAGCCUCACAGUCAGAGGGUCUGUGGUCUCAGCGUCGGCCUCACAGUCAGAGGGUCUGUGGUCUCAGCCUCACAGUCAGAGGGUCUGUGGUCUCAGCGUCUGCCUCACAGUCAGAGGGUCUGUGGUCUCAGCGUCAGCCUCACAGUCAGAGGGUCUGUGGUCUCAGCGUCAGCCUCACAGUCAGAGGGUCUGUGGUCUCAGCGUCGGCCUCACAGUCAGAGGGUCUGUGGUCUCAGCCUCACAGUCAGAGGGUCUGUGGUCUCAGCCUCACAGUCAGAGGGUCUGUGGUCUCAGCGUCGGCCUCACAGUCAGAGGGUCUGUGGUCUCAGCGUCAGCCUCACAGUCAGAGGGUCUGUGGUCUCAGCGUCAGCCUCACAGUCAGAGGGUCUGUGGUCUCAGCCUCACAGUCAGAGGGUCUGUGGUCUCAGCCUCACAGUCAGAGGGUCUGUGGUCUCAGCGUCGGCCUCACAGUCAGAGGGUCUGUGGUCUCAGCCUCACAGUCAGAGGGUCUGUGGUCUCAGCGUCUGCCUCACAGUCAGAGGGUCUGUGGUCUCAGCCUCACAGUCAGAGGGUCUGUGGUCUCAGCCUCACAGUCAGAGGGUCUGUGGUCUCAGCGUCGGCCUCACAGUCAGAGGGUCUGUGGUCUCAGCCUCACAGUCAGAGGGUCUGUGGUCUCAGCGUCUGCCUCACAGUCAGAGGGUCUGUGGUCUCAGCGUCAGCCUCACAGUCAGAGGGUCUGUGGUCUCAGCGUCAGCCUCACAGUCAGAGGGUCUGUGGUCUCAGCGUCGGCCUCACAGUCAGAGGGUCUGUGGUCUCAGCCUCACAGUCAGAGGGUCUGUGGUCUCAGCCCCACAGUCAGAGGGUCUGUGGUCUCAGCGUCGGCCUCACAGUCAGAGGGUCUGUGGUCUCAGCCUCACAGUCAGAGGGUCUGUGGUCUCAGCGUCUGCCUCACAGUCAGAGGGUCUGUGGUCUCAGCGUCGGCCUCACAGUCAGAGGGUCUGUGGUCUCAGCCUCACAGUCAGAGGGUCUGUGGUCUCAGCGUCUGCCUCACAGUCAGAGGGUCUGUGGUCUCAGCGUCUGCCUCACAGUCAGAGGGUCUGUGGUCUCAGCGUCAGCCUCACAGUCAGAGGGUCUGUGGUCUCAGCGUCAGCCUCACAGUCAGAGGGUCUGUGGUCUCAGCGUCGGCCUCACAGUCAGAGGGUCUGUGGUCUCAGCGUCGGCCUCACAGUCAGAGGGUCUGUGGUCUCAGCCUCAGCCUCACAGUCAGAGGGUCUGUGGUCUCAGCGUCGGCCUCACAGUCAGAGGGUCUGUGGUCUCAGCGUCGGCCUCACAGUCAGAGGGUCUGUGGUCUCAGCCUCAGCCUCACAGUCAGAGGGUCUGUGGUCUCAGCGUCGGCCUCACAGUCAGAGGGUCUGUGGUCUCAGCGUCGGCCUCACAGUCAGAGGGUCUGUGGUCUCAGCCUCAGCCUCACAGUCAGAGGGUCUGUGGUCUCAGCGUCGGCCUCACAGUCAGAGGGUCUGUGGUCUCAGCCUCACAGUCAGAGGGUCUGUGGUCUCAGCCUCACAGUCAGAGGGUCUGUGGUCUCAGCCUCACAGUCAGAGGGUCUGUGGUCUCAGCGUCGGCCUCACAGUCAGAGGGUCUGUGGUCUCAGCCUCACAGUCAGAGGGUCUGUGGUCUCAGCGUCUGCCUCACAGUCAGAGGGUCUGUGGUCUCAGCCUCACAGUCAGAGGGUCUGUGGUCUCAGCCUCACAGUCAGAGGGUCUGUGGUCUCAGCGUCUGCCUCACAGUCAGAGGGUCUGUGGUCUCAGCGUCAGCCUCACAGUCAGAGGGUCUGUGGUCUCAGCGUCGGCCUCACAGUCAGAGGGUCUGUGGUCUCAGCCUCACAGUCAGAGGGUCUGUGGUCUCAGCCUCACAGUCAGAGGGUCUGUGGUCUCAGCGUCGGCCUCACAGUCAGAGGGUCUGUGGUCUCAGCCUCACAGUCAGAGGGUCUGUGGUCUCAGCGUCUGCCUCACAGUCAGAGGGUCUGUGGUCUCAGCGUCGGCCUCACAGUCAGAGGGUCUGUGGUCUCAGCCUCACAGUCAGAGGGUCUGUGGUCUCAGCGUCUGCCUCACAGUCAGAGGGUCUGUGGUCUCAGCGUCUGCCUCACAGUCAGAGGGUCUGUGGUCUCAGCGUCAGCCUCACAGUCAGAGGGUCUGUGGUCUCAGCGUCAGCCUCACAGUCAGAGGGUCUGUGGUCUCAGCGUCGGCCUCACAGUCAGAGGGUCUGUGGUCUCAGCGUCGGCCUCACAGUCAGAGGGUCUGUGGUCUCAGCCUCAGCCUCACAGUCAGAGGGUCUGUGGUCUCAGCGUCGGCCUCACAGUCAGAGGGUCUGUGGUCUCAGCGUCGGCCUCACAGUCAGAGGGUCUGUGGUCUCAGCGUCAGCCUCACAGUCAGAGGGUCUGUGGUCUCAGCCUCACAGUCAGAGGAGCGGAGGCAGGAGUCCCGGGAGCCGACGGCAGUAAAUUACAGCAGCUCCCGGAGGCUCCAGCCCUCUCUCUGGCACCGCGCACGGACAACACGGACGCGCAGCCAACAGCCUAA